AUGGAGUUUAGAGAUGGGAGAGAGGAGAUGGAGGUUAGGAAGAAGGAAUGUAAAGUUAGGGAUGAGGUAGUGAAAGGGGCUUGUUGAGGGUUUGGAUUGGGGAAAAUUCCUGAGGAUGUGUAUUUUAUAAGGUAUCAAGAGAUGUAUAACUUUCAGUUACUUUUGUUAAGAAAGAUACAAUCAUUAAAACUCUCAUCUAUACCUUCUGUGACUACAAUUGACAACAAAAAUAAGGAGGGCCUUCUCAAAACUCCGAAUGCCUUCUUCCCAAAGAGCAUCACUGAUCUUUUCAUUCAUUGUAGCCACGGCAACUUCAGAAAGAAAGAUAUCAAUAAAGGCAGUUAUAAUAAAAGGAUUGCAAUAAGUUUGAUUCCUAGAGUUAUGAAAAGAUUCACACUCGUGUGCUUCAAGUUAAGCCAGAACCAGUUCAGGAAGAUCAUCCAGGUCGGUAGACACCUUGACAAGAUUGAGCUAAGAGUCGGAGUUCUAGCCCUCAAUGGACUUAAACUCAGCAAGUCCCUUCAUUAUUGUAUUAAAGCAAUCCAUUUUGACUUUAGAGUCCAAGAUCGACUUCCAUUUAAAUUAGAAAAUAAUGGUAGUCUGAAGGAUUUCAUCAAGGCAGCUUCAGAAACUGACUUAAAGGACUCUCUUGAAGAGCUUGAGUUCCAAGGUGGAGUAUCGAAAGAUAUGCUUGUGGGAUAUGCAAAGGAUCUUGGCUUCCAAAACAUUAGUCCAAGAGAUCCUUACACUGAUUAUAUCAUCCUUACUCUCAUCCGCCAAACAAUCCUCUAAUUAGAACCUCUCACCUAAUCCCCCUCAUUCAAUCUUAUUCA